CAAAUUACUUUCAAAAACUUAGUGUGUGGGUAAACUUUGUGCCUUUUUAAACAAUUAUUAAGGUAUUUUCGAAAAAUUUAUUCUAUCCUCGAUAUGUAAUGCAAAAAAAUGUAUACAUAACUUGCCCCAAAUCUGAUUUAUAACCUCAAUUUCCAACAGAUUGUCAAAAAACCGUCAAUAUACCCAAGAAGUUUUCAUCCUCAAUAUCAACAAUUUAUAUUGUUAUAAAGAAAUGUCUAGAAGUGAACUAAAAGAAGAAAUACAUAAAGAUGAGGACGUUUUUGGUUUGGGUUGUGCUCUUGAACUGUUUGCUGAGCACCAAGAGGUGUGUUCGAUGAUCGAUAACCUCAACAUAAUAAUAAAUUCGGAGGAAUCAAUUAUUGAAAGAGCUGAACAAAGAUUUUUGGAUAUUUUAAAACAAUAUCAUGAACAACCACACCUUUUAGAUUCUUAUUUAGAUGAGAUCUUGGAAAAAAUGAUCAAAAUCAUCAGAUCCCCGGAUAAUAACAUGAAAUUAAAACAUCAAGUUUUUAAUUAUAUGUAUAUUUUAAUAAACGUACGCGGAUAUAAAGUGAUUGUGCGACACUUGCCUCACGAAGUAGCCGAUUUUGAGCCCGUUUUAAGAUUAUUAGAACAACAAAAUCCUGAAGAUACCAAAACAUGGAUGACGAGAUAUGUUUUACUUUUAUGGUUAUCAAUUAUUGUUAUGAUCCCUUUUCAUCUGUCUAGAUUAGAUGGAUUUUAUGAAAACGAACAAAAUGUUGAAGGAAAAACUGCUAUGAUACGAGUUUUAGAUUUAUGUAAAACUUAUGCUAUUGUUAGUGAUAAAUGUAGAGAUGCAGCAGCUUUUUUAGCAUCAAAAUUUUUAACUAGAACGGAUGUAAAACAAAUCCAUUUAAAACAAUUUCUCGAUUGGGCCAGAAAUUUGAGCUCAAAUCCUUCAAGUACAGUUUUCCUUAAAUAUGGUGUUUCAUCUUGCGUUGCUAUGGUAAUAAAACAUGGAAAGCGCGAAGAUCUUCUUCCUUUGGCACGCGACUUACUCGAUUGGAUAAUUGGUGAUCAUUUCCGUUUAAAUUCCGGAAGUGACGUUCAUAAAUUAGUUUAUAAAAUCGUCCAACGCAUCGGAUUAAUUUUUUUGCCACCUCGUAUCGCAAGUUGGCGUUAUCAACGAGGCAAUCGAUCAUUAACCGCAAAUUUAAGCGCGGGAGAUGCUAAAACGGAUAUUAUUCCCCAACAAUCCACCAAUUUAAUUGAAACGACUCCGGAAGAAAUUGAUGUUCCUGAUGAAAUUGAAGAAAUAAUUGAUCAAUUAAUUCAAGGACUUGGGGCUGAAGAUUCUAUAGUUAGAUGGUCAGCUGCGAAAGGUGUAGGAAGGGUAACUUCUCGUUUAUCAAAAGAACUUGCUGAUGAAGUUGUUGGAUCUGUCUUAGAGUUGUUUAAUCCUCGCGAAACUGAUAGUAGUUGGCAUGGUGGAUGUUUGGCUUUAGCAGAGUUGGGAAGAAGAGGGCUUUUAUUACCUGAACGAUUACCGGAAGUUGUUACGGUUAUUAAAAAGGCUUUAGUUUAUGAUGAACCGCGCGGAUAUUCUUCCGUUGGUUCUCAUAUUCGAGAUGCAGCGUGUUACGUUUGUUGGUCUUUUGCUAGAGCUUAUGAAACUGAAAUUUUGAAACCUUACGUUAAUGAGAUUGCUGGAGCUUUAUUAAUCGUUGCGUGUUUCGAUAGAGAAAUUAAUUGUAGAAGAGCUGCAUCAGCUGCUUUUCAAGAAAAUGUUGGUAGACAAGGAACUUUUCCUCACGGUAUUGAUAUUAUAAUAACGGCCGAUUUUUUCGCGAUUAGCAUAAGAAAUAAUGCUUAUCUAAAUAUAAGCGUUUACAUAGCUCAAUUUGACGAGUACACGACGCCUUUAAUCGAUCAUUUAUUAGAGCGAAAAGUUGAUCAUUGGGAUAUCGCCAUAAGAGAAUUAACUUCGAAAAGUUUACACAACCUAACAUUUAAAGCUCCCGAAUAUAUGGCUAAUAACGUCUUGAAAAAACUUUUUGAGAAAGCCAAAAGUAUCGAUUUACAUUGUAGACACGGCUCUGUUUUGGCAAUUGGUGAAAUUUUUCAUGCUUUGGCGUUAGUUGCCGAAGAAAAAGGUUGCAAAAUUAAUCAGAUUGUCGAAGAAGAAGAACUUAUUGAAGCUCAAAAUUUAAUUGGGUUGUAUUCUGAGCGGUUUUAUUUCCGGGGGUUGGGUGGCGAAUUAAUGAAACAAGCUUGUUCUAAAUUUAUACAAAAAUGUUCUAUGGCUAAAUUACCUUUCCAUCAAUUCAAGAUUAUUGAUGAUUGGUUAUCUCUUCUAAACACAUGUCUUUCAUACGACGUUCCAAUUGUUAGAACGACAUCAAUAGAAGCAUUACCAGCGCUUUUCAAAGAAUAUUACCAAGAAAGACCGAUUGAAAACGUCGUAAAAACUUAUAUAAACGAGAUUUUAUCACCAAGUUGCACCCAAGUAUCCAGAAUGGGCCAUUCCUUAGCUUUAGGGGUUCUUCCUUUCUUCAUUGUUAAACAAUAUUAUCAAGAAAUAAUCAAAGCGUUAAUUGAGUCGACACUAAUUACUCCGGCGACGGCGAAAUGGGCUGAAAGUCGUCGAGAUUCGAUAAAAGCGUUAACAUCGAUUUGUGUUACAUUAAAAGAAGAUGGAAAUGAUUUCGAGUUUGUGACACAAAUUUUUGAGUGUUUUUUGUUGGGAUUAAAUGAGUACACUCAGGAUAAUCGUGGUGAUAUUGGCGCUUGGGUUCGUGAAGCUUCGAUGAUGGGGUUAGAAACGUUGACUUUAUUGUCGAAAAAUGAUUAUUUAACUCCCGAUUUAGUUUCAAAAAUUUUAACGGGUAUUGCACAACAAUCUGUUGAAAAAAUAGAUCGAACUAGAGCUUUAGCAGCACAGAUUUUUUACAGAUUAAUUUAUAACGAACCAAAAGUACCGCAUGUAUCAUCUUUGGAUGAUUUAAAAAAGAUUUUUUCUGAGGAGAGAUGUAAUAGUUUAAAUUGGAACUCGGCUAAAUCAACUUUUCCUUUAUUUGUACAACUAUUAGAGUUGGAAGAAUAUAAAUACAACGUUACUUUAGGAUUAAUAAGCAGCAUUGGAGGAUUAACUGAAACUUUGGUUAAAAAUUCAAGCGCUUCAUUUUUUGAAAAAUUGCAUGAAAUUAAAACGAGACAUUCGGCGGGCGAUCAAGAUAUUUCUCAUUUAUGUGAUAUAAUUUUAAAAAUAUUUAUGAAUUAUCAAAGAAACGAUCGUAUUAUUGUGCCCAUGUUUAGAUUUUUGGAUAAAUUGUUCAGUUCGAAUUGUUUAACAAAUUUAUUAGAAAAUUGCGAAUGGGAGUUUCCAAAGAAAAUUUUUAAACUGGUCCAAAUGGAAAUUAAUGGUUGUAAAGACAUUUAUAAACUUAUUGAUGGAAUUUCUUUACUUUGCCAAUACUUACAGAUUAACUCCGAAAUUUGUGGAAAUGCUUUAGUUCAACUUUCAAUAUUAUUAUGUCAUCGUCAACCAUAUAUAAGAAGGUCAACAUCAACAAAACUUUAUGAAUCGUUAUUAGUUUACGGCGAUAUGAGCAUAAUUCCUGAAGACAACUUAGAGCAGGUGAUGAACGUUUUGAGUUCUACAGAUUGGGAGGGAAAUGUGGAAGAGUUAAGACUUGUAAGGAACGAAUUAUGUUUAUUAAUGGGUGUUCGUGCUCCCAUUCUCAAGAAAAAAUAAUUAUGUAACCUCACAAAGAAAAAUGCUUUAUUUUAAACAUAUAAUCUCUUAUUAAAUUA